AUGGAGAGUUGUUUCUUCUCCGCCCCUAUCGAGUCGGCGCGGAACGGCAUCGAGAACGUGUACCGGUCCUGGACCACAGGGGGCAGCGGGGAUGAGCAACGAAGAGCCGGUCUAGCUGGCCCGGUCGCCUCGCUCACACAUGUAGAAUUGGAUUCACGGUCAACGGUUACCUCUACCUACUCCUACGCCUGUCCUCAAUCCGUCAACAACUUGUCCCUUAGGAAAGACGAGAGCCCCAAUUGUGGGGAUUACUUCAGUAACAGUAGCCAACAUCUCUUCGGUUUGUCUCGCUCUGCUUUACCGGUUGGCGGCAAGCCCCCCGCCGUCCUCAGUGCUAAUUUGCCCCACCAGCCUGUCACCUCAUCGCCGACUCUCCAUCGACCCACGCCAGCUUCUGUACACGCUUCUGCCUUCUCGCAAUCAGUUCCAAGGAGUCCUACAAAAUGGCCGCCUCCAGGGUCCGCUGUUUCGCAUUUCCCCAGCCAGGCCGAGACGGACUCGACCACUGCUGCCGCUCACGCCCACCGCAGCCCAUGCACGGGGGAAUGGCAGUACACGGCCCACCAGGCCGGCUAUCCGACCUACCACCAGCUCAACUCAUCGGGCUGCCUGGGGGGUUUUGGAGCGCCCCCUAGGGACCAUUUUGCCUGUUCCACCGGCACGUCUAGCGCGCUGGACGAGAUUCACAGGGGACGUGAAGGUGGUGGUUGCACGAUGUCGACUUCACCCUGCACGGCUUGCGGUGAUAUCCUCUGUCCGAAAUCUCACCCAAUCUACCCCUCAGAGCUGAACGCACCAUGCCCCCGCUCGCCCUCCCAGUCGGCAGUGGCCAUCCGACCGUGCUCCAGCCUGAGUUUCCCCUCCUAUGCCGCCGCCCCGCCUCCCCCAACUAUAGGCACGGCAGAGAGCGACGCCUUGAUGCGCUACCGCUGGCCGGCCACGGCGCCUGUGUACUUCUACAGCAAGUUGAUGUCUGCAGGAAAGCAGGAAGGGCUGGGCGGUGUAGGCGUAGGCGUCAGUACCAGCCCUACAGGUGCAACAUCGGGGAGUAAUGACCGGGCUUCGAAGCCUGCGAAGCAACAAGCAAACUAUCGCAGCAAAGGUAAUAACCUAUGCAAUAUAUGCGGUAAAUCAUACGCCAGGCCCAGCACGCUGAAGACACACCUACGCACUCACUCCGGGGAGAAACCCUACAGGUGUCCGACCUGUAACAAGGCCUUCUCGCAGACGGCUAACCUAACGGCGCACAUGCGGACCCACAGUGGUGAAAAGCCUUUCCAAUGCGGCGUGUGCCACCGCCAAUUCUCCCAGAGUUCGUCCGUCACCACGCACAUGCGAACCCACUCCGGGGAGCGUCCGUACCGUUGCGCCUACUGCAAGAAAGCGUUCGCAGACAGCUCCACGCUCACCAAACACCUGCGCAUUCACAGCGGAGAGAAGCCGUACCAGUGUAGCAUGUGUCUGCUGCGAUUCUCGCAAUCCGGCAAUCUUACCCGUCACAUGAAGAUUCAUCAGCACGUAUGA